AUGGGUGACGCCGCCUCCGGCCGCGGCCACGUCGUUUACCCUCCCCGCUCCGCCGAGGACAUCUUCAAGGACUACCGCGCCCGCCGCUCCGCCAUCCUCCGCGCCCUCACUCACGAUGUCGAGGACUUCUACGCGCAGUGCGAUCCAGACAAGGAGAACCUGUGCCUGUACGGCUACGCGAACGAGGCGUGGGAGGUGGCGCUGCCGGCGGAGGAGGUGCCCACGGAGCUGCCGGAGCCCGCGCUGGGGAUCAACUUCGCGCGCGACGGGAUGAACCGCCGCGACUGGCUUGCGCUCGUCGCCGUCCACUCCGACUCCUGGCUCCUCUCCGUCGCCUUUUACUAUGCCGCUCGGCUCAAUCGUAAUGACCGGAAGCGCUUAUUUGGUAUGAUUAAUGAAUUGCAAACUGUUUUUGAAGUUGUCUCUGGUGCAAGACAACAACAAUCUAAAGAGCGGUCCAGUAUGGACAAUGGUGGUAGAUCCAAGCCUGCAAAGAUAGAAAAUAAUGGAAAAGACACAGACGAAGCAUAUGGAGAAGAUGACAGUGAUCACGGUGAAACCCUAUGCGGAACCUGUGGUGGGAUAUACAGUGCGGAUGAGUUCUGGAUUGGGUGCGACAUGUGCGAGAGGUGGUACCAUGGCAAGUGUGUCAAGAUAACUCCCGCCAAGGCGGAGAGCAUAAAGCAUUACAAAUGCCCGAGCUGCAGCUCCAAGAGGGCGAGGCAGUAG